AUGGCCACUAUAUACAUCCAUCCAGGUUUCAUACAAUCGCUUCAUAAGCCAACGAAAGCGAUGACCGGCCUUAUCACUUCGAUAUACUACCUUGGCACGUGGCUCAGCUAUCUUUUCGUGUCACAUCCGCUCGCUGAUCGGUUUGGGAGGAGAGUAGCUGCAGCGACUGGCGUUUUGAUAACGGCAGUCGGCGCUGCUAUCCAAACAGCUUCAAAAGGACAUGGCGGUGUAGCAAUGAUGAUAGCUGGCCGUAUAGUAUGCGGCGUUGGGCUUGCCAUUGUGUCUACGUCGGUUCCACUGUACCAGAGUGAGAUUUCGCCCGCGAAACAUCGAGGACGUUACGUUGUCAUCAAUCAUGUUGGUCUCGUCGCCGGCCUGGCCAUCGCUUUCUGGGUUGGCUAUGGUAUCAGCCACUGGGAAUCGGCACGUGGAACUUACUAUGGGUGGCGUGUCUCAAUGGCGCUGCAGUUCAUACCAGAAGCUGUAUUCCUCUUUGGAGUAUUCUUGUGUCCUGAGACUCCUAGAUGGCUUGUAGAAAGCGGACGUAUUGAUGCUGCUAAAAGAAGCCUUGCAUGGCUGCGGGCAUUAAGUCCCACUGAUCAGCGUGUCGUUGUCGAACUCGAGGAGAUCGAACAAGACGUACAGAACCGGCGAAGCGCCACCGAGCAAGGGUGGACUGUACUCUUUACCAAUCGACCUCUAUUUAAUCGACUAUGGAGGGCAGCACUACUACAAUUCAUGGCGCAGAUGUGUGGAAACACCUCCAUGAAGUACUAUCUGCCGUCAAUCUUCAUGAGCCUCGGUAUCGAGCGCAAGUUGACCCUCAUGAUUGGUGGCAUCGAGAGCACUUUGAAGAUUGGGUGCACAGUAAUCGAUACUUGGCUCGUCGAUAGAUAUGGUCGGAGACUGACACUAGUUGCAUCUUGCCUCGUUAUGAGCUUUGCUCUAUUGUUAAACGGUGCAUUGCCACAGGCAUACCCAAACAACAUCAAUCACGCGGCUGACUAUGUGUGUAUAUUGUUUAUCUUCAUCUACACUUUCGGUUACUCUAUAGGCUUCGGUCCGGCUGCUUGGGUAUAUGGUUCUGAAAUAUUUCCAACCAACUUUAGAGCUCGCGGGCUGAAUAUCGCUGCUUCCGGCAGUUCUAUUGGUUCAAUCAUAUCGUCCCAGACUUGGCCUAUCGGUAUGAGUAAAAUUGGUUCUAAGACGCACUUCAUCUUUAUGAGCACAAAUCUAGUUUCUGCAAUCAUCAUUUGGCUCUUGUAUCCCGAGACUAGCCAGCGUAGCCUCGAAGACAUGGAGUCGCUCUUCAACAAGGAUUAUCAAUCCCGUCAUAGUCUCGAAGUCGAGCAUGAUACGUAUCAUGAUCACGAUGAGGAGGGCGCAACAUCUCCGGUGAUAAAGGCAACAUCGACCUGA